UCGUGACACUAUACGACGUACUUAUACCCUGUACAGAGACUUAAUUAAGGUGCCCCCAGUAUAACACUGUCACGUUAAUACGAGUAGCGACAGAUUACGUGUCUUGUCCUGUCCAGAAACUCGACAAGUUUAAUAAGGGGUACCACACAGAUCCGUCCAUCAUGGGGUUGGUUGAAUAUAUUCACCCCACUUUAGAGACUUUGGAUUACACUUCCCCAAGGGUACAACUGGAAAUUAUCGGCUCCUCUUUCCUGUUCUUUUUCGUGGUCUACCUCGCUUCAGCUUUCAUCGCAUCUAUGACCUGGACCUACCGCAACUUGCGCAUUAAAGAAAAGGUAUUUUGGAACUUAUCCGUGGUACGAGCCGUAUUUGGCGUGUAUUCCACGUGUGCCGGCGUCUGGGCAGUUUGGUGGGACACCGAACUCAAAGAAGACGUCGUCUUCGCCACCACCCCUACUUCGUGGUUUUCUCUUUGUCUCUGCGUUGGUUUUUUUCUCUUCGAAUGCUCGGCCAUGUUUGUCAGUGACGUCAUCUUCCGGCAAGCAAACCCGCUGUUAAACUUGCACCACUGGCUGGCGUUGCUAGGAUACGUCCUCGUGAUGGUGUACCGCAGCUCCCAUUUCUUCGGCACCGUGGGCCUCCUCCUCGAAAUGUCGACCCCCUUUUCCGCUCUCUGUUGGACGCUGCUCAAGUGUGGACUGUCUGAUACCCUCCUGUGGAAGUUGAACCAGUUUGUUCUUGUCCAUACCUUCCACUGUCGCUCCCUGCUGGAGUGCUACCUGUGGCUUCAGUCGUACCGGAACUGGGAACGGAUUUGGCAAGCGAUGCCCACGCCGAUUUUCACAGCCCUUUACGUGCAAUUAACUUUGAUCUUCUUCAUCAUGACUCCUUACUGGACUUAUAAGAAGACGGUUCAGUUGGUGAACCACAGAGACUGGAAUUUUGAGGACACGGAGACAACGAAGGAAACCAACGGUUCCCUCAAAACGGACUAAUCUUAAUAGCACUUGGAUUGAGAAACGAAGAAGGCAAAUACAUCAAUUGCGGUAAUUAAUGACUGAAAAGCAAUGUUUUGUUUGUAAUAUAACAAAAUAUGUUGUUCAGAAGUUACAAAAGCAAUUUGGUUUCAAGACUUUUUACGAUCAAUGCCAUUUUUGUUUGAGAAUAUAAAAUUUCAGAAUUAGUGAGGUGUUUGAAACAUGUGGUUAAUUACCGUAUCAAGUUUGAUGUUACCGUUAAUAAUAGCUCAUCAGAUCGGAACUCUAUUGAAAAAUAACGGGCUUCUUGCCUUUUCCUUCUCAUUUGUUUUUUUCGCUAGCAAUACUCAUCUCCAAGUGCUAAGAAAAUAUGUCAAAAUUUCUGGCACAGCCUUGAAUAGGUGAUGAAAUAGUCUAAUCUGAUAGUAAGGGUGGUGAGUCUGGUGACGCUAAAAUGAAUCCUUAAUUUCAAUAAUGCUUAGUCCUUACGUGUGAAAUUCAUUUAGAAUACAAAACUGUUAAGUUAUAAGAAAAAAAAAAGAGAGGCGUGGUGCAAUAUGUAUGUAAUUGAUAUUAUGGUGAUUAUUAUUUUUACAUGGUCUAGUAAUUUUAUUUAAAAAUUAAUAUUUUAAAACCUAUGUUUUAGCAGUUAAAGGACAGCCAAUACUCAAAAUGGAAAUUUUGAGGAGAUCAAAAUUCAAAGAUAUGUGAUCAAAUUUACGAUAUUUUUAGUAGGUUAAAAGCCAAACACGAACAAAGCUAUUGAUAACUCACUAUUUGAGUCACUCACUCUUAUCAAAACAAUGUAAUUCGGUAUAGUAGAGGCAAAGGUUGCCAAGUGAUAUAUCAUUUUACAUACACGUGCUAGUUUCAUGGAGUACUUAAAAGUAAUCAUGUGCAGGUCGCAUUAGUAAUUUAGAUUAAAAGUGAUCUCUCACUUUAAUUUAAUAUAUUCAUUCAUUUUGUAUAAGCACAAUUUUUAUUAAUUGCUUUGACCGUAAGUUUGUACAGCGAAACAAAUGAUUAUACAAUGAAGAACAAAUACUUUAAAGACUUUAUUAUUAUGUAAUGUUUGUGGAGAUGAAUAGAUGGGUAUAGACUUUUUUUCAUAUAAUUUGGAUCGUAUGAACUUUUUAUUCAAGUUAUUUCUUCUUGACAUUUUGCAUGAUUAAUAAUAAGUGAUAUG